CGGAAUCAUUAUCAUCAUCAGAUCUCAGUUUUUUUUUUUCAAAACAGACCUUGUCGUUGUGUUCAAAAUCCUGCAGAGUCAUUUGUUGUAUUUCGAGUCAAAGCCAGAAGCGCGUGUCAAAGUCUGCACAAACGUAAACAUGCGCGUGUCGAUGCGCGUGCUGUGAUGGAAUGCACAGGAAGCUGUUCCUAUUGGCUGAUUCAAGCACGCGCGUUGUUCCUCCUUUGCAUCGUCAUAAAUGAAACAUUUCAGUUGCAAAAGACGUUUGCUCUGCCCGUGUUUCGCAGAGAGAGCUGCUGACUAGUGACUUACCUUGAAUGGGUGUUUCUUGGAGUACUUACAAACAAAGAAGACAACGGGAAAAGAAACAGAAAAGGAAAUGCAAGCUAUCACCAUUAGAGAGAGAGAGGAUAUUAAAGAUUAAAGCUCAAAUGGAAGUAGAAAUUCACGCUUUGGAAGAGCAGAUUUACCGUGAAAAACUCGCGCAGAUUGCUAGGGGUAACAGACCUCAGAUGCUGACCGACGGAUUAAGCUGGACUGGAAUCAACAAACCAAAUGCAAAUUUACAAAGGGAAGGGUAUGACUCGCAGCUUGAAUCUGAGAGACAAAUGCUUGAUGCACUCCAGUUCGCAUGGUUUCAAAGAGAGAAUCCGCUAGAGAAUUCGAUAGUGGGCUCACUUCCUAACCUAAGAGAUAUAUGGCAUUUUGAGAAAGUCAGGAACCCAGGAGCUGAGCAAAAACACUUUUAUAGAGAGCGUUAGGCGACACUUGCUAGAGUG